AACCCGGCGAGCUCCAUGGUGCGGGAAGGCGGCAUGGCCCGUACCCCUUACAGCUCCACGCAGGACAUCCAGAUGGACGUCUUCGACAACGCCGCCCUCCAGAGCAAGUACAGCAAACGCAAGAGCCGCUUCAAGCGCUCGGACGGCAGCACCUCGUCCGACACCACCUCCAACAGCUUCGUCCGGCAGGGCUCGGCGGAGUCCUACACCAGCCGCCCCUCGGACUCGGAUGUGUCGCUGGAGGAGGACCGGGAGGCGCUGCGCAAGGAGGCCGAGCGCCAGGCCAUGGCGCAGCUGGAGAAAGCCAAGACGAAGCCGGUGGCGUUUGCCGUGCGGACGAACGUCGGCUACAACCCGUCCGCCAGCGACGACGUGCCGGUGCAGGGCAUGGCCAUCUGCUUCGAGCCCAAAGACUUCCUGCACAUCAAGGAGAAGUACAACAACGACUGGUGGAUCGGGCGGCUGGUGAAGGAGGGCUGCGAGGUGGGCUUCAUCCCCAGCCCCGUCAAGCUGGAGAACAUGCGGCUGCUGCAGGAGCAGAAGAUGAGGCAGAACCGCCUGAGCUCGAGCAAAUCGGGGGACAACUCCAGCUCCAGCCUGGGCGACGUGGUGACGGGGACCCGCCGGCCCACCCCCCCGGCCAGCGGUGCCCUGGACAUGCCUAGCUUUGCCUUUGACCCCGAUGAGUUAGAGGAGGAGGAGGCCAUGGAGACCCACCGCUCCCCUAAGAGUAGCGUGAGCAGUGUCACCACCCCCCCUGCCCACAGCAAGCGCAUCCCCUUCUUUAGGAAGGCCGAGCACGUGCCCCCGUACGACGUGGUCCCCUCCAUGCGGCCCAUCAUCCUGGUGGGGCCCUCGCUGAAGGGCUACGAGGUCACGGACAUGAUGCAGAAAGCCCUCUUCGACUUCCUGAAGCAUCGCUUCGACGGCAGGAUCUCCAUCACACGGGUGACGGCUGACAUCUCCCUGGCCAAGCGCUCCGUCCUGAACAACCCCAGCAAGCACACCAUCAUCGAGCGCUCCAGCACGCGCUCCAGCCUGGAUGUCUUGGCUGAGGUCCAGAGCGAGACCGAGCGCAUCUUCGAGCUGGCCCGGACGCUGCAGCUGGUAGCCUUGGAUGCCGACACCAUCAACCACCCGGCCCAGCUGGCCAAGACGUCCCUGGCCCCCAUCAUCGUCUACAUCAAAAUCACCUCCCCCAAGGUGCUGCAGCGGCUGGUGAAGUCCCGGGGCAAGUCCCAGGCGAAGCACCUCAACGUGCAGAUGGUGGCCUCCGACAAGCUGGCGCAGUGCCCGCCUGAGAUGUUCGACAUCGUGCUGGACGAGAACCAGCUGGAGGAGGCCUGCGAGCACCUGGCCGAGUACCUGGAGGCCUACUGGAAGGCGACGCACCCCCCCAGCAGCACCCCCCCCAACCCGCUGCUGAACCGCACCAUGGCCACGGCCGCCCUGGCCGCCAGCCCCGCGCCCGUCUCCAACCUCCAGGGUCCGUACCUAGUGCCCGGGGAGCCGCCGCGCGAGGGGGAGCACGGCCGCCUCCGGCAGGGCCCGGGCGAGGCGGGGGGCCACGGGCAGGGCAGACCCCCCCCGCCGCCCGCCCGCCUGGCCCCCCGCAGCCUGUCCCGCCAGGACACCUUCGACUCCGAGACGCCGGGCAGCCGGGAUUCGGCCGGCAUGGAGCCCGGCGAUUCCUGCUGCAUGGACAUCGAGACAGACCCCGGUGAGGAGGAACCGCCGGGUCCCCCCGGUGCCGGACCCCGCGUCCCCCCCGGCCACCAGCACCCCGGCGCCUGGGACGAGGACGAGCCCGGGCGCGAGAGCCGGGGGCAGCGGGGCCGAGCCAAGGGCCAGGACCGCUACUGCCCCGACCCGCCGGAGACCCUCGGCCUCGACCAGAGCGACGUGGAGGGCUGGGGCCAGGACGUUUACAUCCGUUAG